AUGGCGGAGAGCUGGCUACGCCUCUCGGGGGCAGGGGCGGCGGAGGAGCCCGGGCCGGAGGGCGGCCUGGAGGAGCCCGACGCUCUGGAUGACAGCCUGACCAGCCUGCAGUGGCUGCAGGAAUUCUCUAUUCUCAACGCCAAGGCUCCCGCCCUGCCCUCGGGGGGCACCGACCCCCACGGCUACCACCAGGUGCCAGGCUCGGCCGCGCCUGGGUCUCCCCUGGCGGCUGACCCCGCCUGCCUGGGUCAGCCGCACACGCCGGGCAAGCCCACAUCAUCGUGCACGUCGCGGAGCGCGCCCCCGGGGCUGCAGGCCCCGCCUCCCGACGAUGUGGACUACGCCACCAAUCCGCACGUGAAGCCGCCCUACUCGUACGCCACGCUCAUCUGCAUGGCCAUGCAGGCCAGCAAGGCCACCAAGAUUACCCUGUCGGCCAUCUACAAGUGGAUCACGGACAACUUCUGCUACUUCCGCCACGCUGAUCCCACCUGGCAGAAUUCCAUCCGCCACAACUUGUCCCUGAACAAAUGCUUCAUCAAGGUGCCUCGGGAGAAGGACGAGCCCGGCAAGGGGGGCUUCUGGCGCAUCGACCCCCAGUACGCGGAGCGGCUGCUGAGCGGGGCCUUCAAGAAGCGGCGGCUGCCCCCGGUCCACAUCCACCCAGCCUUCGCCCGCCAGGCCGCGCAGGAGCCCAGCGCCGCCCCGUGGGCCGGGCCGCUGACCGUGAACACCGAGGCCCAACAGCUGCUGCGGGAGUUCGAGGAGGCCACCGGGGAGGCGGGCUGGGGCUGGGGCGCGGGCGAGGGCAGGCUCGGGCAUAAGCGCAAACAGCCACUGCCCAAGCGGGUGGCCAAGGCCCCUCGGCCCCCCAGCACCCUGCUGCUCACCCAGGAGGAGCAGGGCGAGCUGGAACCCCUCAAGGGCAACUUUGACUGGGAGGCCAUCUUCGACACCGGCACUCUGGGCGGGGAGCUGGGCUCGCUGGAGGCCCUGGAGCUGAGCCCGCCGCUGAGCCCCGCCUCACACGGGGACGUGGACCUCACCGUCCACGGCCGCCACAUCGACUGCCCGGCCACCUGGGGGGCUUCAGUGGAGCAGGCUGCCGACAGCCUGGACUUCGACGAGACCUUCCUGGCCACGUCCUUCCUGCAGCACCCUUGGGACGAGAGCGGCAGUAGCUGCCUCCCCCCGGAGCCCCUCUUUGAGGCCGGAGAUGCCACCCUGGCCACCGACCUGCAUGACUGGGCCAGCGUGGGUGCCUUCUUGUAA